GGGAGAUCCUGCCCGGUGAAACUGGACCGCUCCAGCCGGUCGCCUUCUCUUCUCAGCAGUCUCCUCUCUCUCCUCGCCCAAUUCUCAGCAAUAGGGUGCUCCCAAGGAGACAAUGGUGAAGAAAAGAAGCCGGGUAAAAGGUGGAGGAUAAAGGAAAAAAAGUGGAUUCUUGAAACAGGAAUCUUGAAAAAUGCGAUUUGGGUUCUCAAUGGAGAGAUACGAGAUUCACAUCUUUGAAAAUCUUCUUGGUUUCUUCCGGCUUUUAUGUGUAAUGGCUGAAAAAUCUGGUUUCUUCUCGUGUGGGUAAGAAAAGGUGCCAACUUGAUUCAUGGAGGGUACCAUCAGCUGUGGUGGUGAAUCAAUGGAGACGGAAAUGGGCCACAGAGACAGCGAUGGAAUGGACUACGGGCUGGAAUUGGUCGUGGAACGCAGCAGCGGUGAGGGCAAGGAAAUGCCGGCGAGCCCGGUUGUCAUGUUCCAGGGAGGAGACGCCAAAAUUGAACCUUUUGAAGGCAUGGAGUUUGCCACCGAGGAGGAUGCUUGGACUUUCUACAACAGCUAUGCUCGCCGUCUGGGGUUCAAUACCAGGAUCAGUGUCUUCCAUCGCUCCAGGCGUGAUGGGUCCAUCACUUCCCGGCAGUUUGUGUGCGCCAAAGAGGGCUUCCGGACCUACCGCUCCAAGCAGGACCCCUGCGGUGAAGGGAAGCCGAGGCGGACGCGGGCUGUCUCAAGAGUCGGUUGUAAGGCAAUGAUCCGAGUGAAGAAGCAGGAGAAUGGGAGGUGGAUAGUUUCGAGGCUUGAGAAGGCACAUAACCAUGCUCUCAUGGCCCCAAGCCGAGUGCAUUGCCUCCGUUCUCAUAGGCUUCUAUCUGAGAGUGGGAAGAGAGCUGCGAAUGAUUUCCAAAGAGCAAGAGCAGUUCAAGGCAGUGAAAUGCUGGCAAUUAAAGGAGAAUCCCAUCAGACCAAAACAUGUUAUGGUGAAAUGAUUCCUAAGACCAACGUUGGAAGAGGAACUUCAGGUAUUGUAGAGUAUAUCAAGCACAUGCAAGCUGAAGAUCCUGGCUUCUUUUUCACACGGCAACUUGAUGGGGAUCGGAGUGUGGGUAAUGUUUUUUGGGCUGAUGCAAGAUCAAGAAUGGCUUACAAACACUUCGGAGAUGUCAUCACCUUUGACACAUCGUAUAAAAUGAAUCAGUACCAAAUACCCUUUGCCACAUUCACGGGAGUUAAUCAUCAUCGGCAACCUGUGCUGUUUGGUUGUGCACUGAUUGUGGAUGACUCUGAAUCUUCACUUACCUGGCUUUUUGAGAUGUUGCAUUCGGCAAUGUCUGGACGACAUCCCACCUCAAUUAUCUCAGAACAAGACAGAGUGAUACAAGCUGCAGUUGCACGCGCAUUUCCCCAUACACAGCAUCGAAUUUGCAAGUGGCACAUCUGGAAAGAAAGUCAGGAUAAACUGUCGCAUGUCUUUCUUGCAUAUCCUUCUUUCAAGGAGGAAUUUUUUAAAAGUAUUAACAUGACAGAGACAAUUGAUGAGUUUGAAUCAAGCUGGAGGAGUCUUGUGGCUAGGUUCGACCUUAGAGAUAAUGAGUGGCUUCAAUCAGUUUAUGGUUGCCGCCAUCAGUGGGUUCCCGUGUACUUGAGGAAUGCAUUCUUUGGAGAAAUGACUUCAGCCCAACAAUGUGAAAGCAGAAGUUCAUUUUUUGAAGGGUAUAUAAAUGCACAGACUGAUGCACAAAUGUUUAUUCAGCAGUAUGAAAAGGCAUUAGAUAGUUGGUACGAGAAGGAGGUGAAAGCAGAUUUUGAUACGAUUUACUCCUUGCCAAAUCUUAAGACAUCAUCAUCAUCAAUGGAAAAGCAAGCAGCAGAGCUAUACACAAGGAAAAUAUUCAAAAUAUUUCAAGAAGAGUUGAUUGAAACAUGUAGAUAUACAGCAGAUAAAAUUACCAAGGAUGGAGAGAUGAGCAUAUAUAAUGUAAGAAAGAAUGAGGAAGAACAUAAAGCAUAUAUUGUUGAGUUUAGUUCAUCUGAAACUACUGCAACAUGUAGCUGUCAGAUGUUUGAAUAUUCAGGCAUUCUUUGUAGACAUAUUUUAACAGUCUUCAGUGAAUUGGGUGUUAAUAUGCUCCCAUCUCAUUACAUUUUAAAAAGGUGGACAAGAAAUGCUAAGGAUGAAGGCAUUGUUGGAAUAAAUCAAAGGGUAGUAAAGGAUGAAGAAAAAGAUGAUUCCCAAAGUAACAGCCAAGAUUGCCAACAAUCGCUCACCUGGCGCUACAAUAGUUUAUGUCGUGAAGCUAUUAAGUUUGCAGAGGAUGGGGCAACAUCUAUGGCUAUUUACAAUGUAGCAAUACGAGCUCUACAAGAGGCUGCAAAAAAGGUUACUGCAGCAAAGAAAAAUGUUGGGAAAGUUGGGUGCCAAGGUGCUUUUCCUAAAAGAAGUACCGACAAAGAGAAUGGUGCAGCAGCUCCUUUGGUUUUAGUUACAACUGAUGGCCAGGCAUGCCGUACCCUUACCAAUGACCACCACCUGGUUCAUUGUAUGCAAGGUGUGAAUUUACCUGUUUCACUUACCACCCAGAGACAACUGUACCCUUCAACAAUACCUGCUGCUGGGUUGAAUGAAAAUGGUUCUCUAAUGCUAACUGUUCCAUUGGUGAGCGUCCAAAAAGGAGAUCCCAAAGUUGCAGGAACUGCAUCUCAGCUACCUCAGGUACUGAAUUUGGUUGAGGUAGGACAUUCCUAUGCCAGUCCAGGCGGUGGCAGCAAUACUGCAAGUUCAGGUUCAUCAAUGCAACUUGUAGCAGUUCCAAUGGCAUUUUGUGUGCCAUUGGUGACCAAUUUAACAGCUGCAUCUUCAGCCCCAUCAAAUUCAAGCAGUACACAUUGUUCUGACAGUACUUCACCAGCACUGCAUCAACUGCAACUGGCUCCACACCUGGUAGCAGCACAGCAGUCACAUACAGGAACACCAGAUGGAGCACCUGAUUCUCCAGAAACAGUUGAGGACCCAUCAAGAUUACGUUCAGCUGCCACAAAUUCGAUUCGUGCUGCUGCCCUAGCUGCAGGGGCCCGAAUUGCCUCCCCAUCUGAUGCUGCUUCAAUUAUCAAAGCUGUACAGUCUAAAAAUGCCAUCCAUAUCAGAGCAGGGGAGCUCUCGCCAAGCAGCUUAAAACCUCUUGGACCAAAACCAUUGGGCCGGCAUGCAGCCAAUGUUCAUUUUGUGCCAGUUGAUCGAAGUGACACAGUUAAUGUGGUCUUGCUGGGCGAGAAACAAGUUCAAGGAGGUGUUGGUGGAGCCAUGACAUCAUGCGAGGCAGGAAACUUACGUGGCCAGGCAGUCCUUCACAAGGAGUUUAAGGAUGAAAUGGCAACCGAUGGUGACAGUGAGGACCAGACAUUGGAGGAAGGAGCAAUGGAGUUCACAGAUUCAGAGGACGAUAAGGAAUUUUCCGAUGCCGAGGCAGGUGCAGGGCCUGGUGUGAGUUGGGCAGCAGGGUGACUUGGAGGUUGAAUUGUUGAACAAGUUGGCCAAAAGGAUGCUCGUCUAGGGGCUUUUAAAUCCUUUCUACUCAUGCUCGGAGAAGCUUGCUGCUAAAACUCUUUGUUUAUCUCUCACUGACUGCUUACUAACCCCUUGUGCAGGGAAGGUUCCAAAUUCGGUUCUCUUCUCACUCUCUUUUCUUCGUUUCAUUGGUCCAAGCUUCACAUUGUGAAUAUUGAAUGCUUAUCACUGUUCAUAGUUAUACAGAUUUUUCUGUGCUCAUCAGAUCUGUAACUUAGGCAUAUUAUUUGCCCGGAUUAUGGUGGAACCUAGUGACUUGUAUUUGGCAAUAACUCCCUAGUUUUAUGGUGCCA